AUUGUCAUAGUCCCUGGAGUGAGUGCUCUGUUUGUAGCGGCUGGGUGACGCUGCUCUGCUCGUGGCUCGAUCACAAUCUCCGGGUGGUGACGACGUGACAGACAGCGCUGGCUGAGGCUGCUGCAGUUGGCCAGCAUAGUCCUGCCAAGUGUGGGAUGGGGUCUCAGGAGCGGUGCCUGGGGGAGAAGCUGCUGCAGGAGGCUGAACCCAAGCCCAGGGGCUCAAUGCGGGUCCUGCAGAAGAGCAAUAGACAAGCACUGCCACUUUGCCAGAAACUUUGUUUUGCUGUGGGAGGUGCUCCAUAUCAAAUGACAGGGAAUGCUAUUGGGUUUUUCCUCCAGAUCUUCUUGCUGGAUGUGGUCCAGAUGGAGGCUUUCUAUGCAUCUCUGAUUAUCUUCAUUGGUCGAGCUUGGGAUGCUUUUACUGAUCCUGUUGUUGGGUUCCUGGUCAGCAAAAGCAGAAGAACAAGAUAUGGCAAGUUGCUUCCUUGGAUUAUGUUUUCCAUGCCAUUUGGAAUUGCUUCAUAUUUCCUGUUAUGGUUCAGUCCUUCUAAUACAAUGUCCUGGGAAUACAGUUUCUUCUGGUACCUUACAACCUACUGUGCCUUUCAUACCUGUAUGACUUGUUUCCAUGUACCCUAUUCGGCAUUAACCAUGUUUCUAGGUGGUGGUCAGCACGACAGAGAUACAGCAACAGCAUACCGAAUGGGAGUCGAAGUUUUGGCAACCCUGGCAGGAGCUACUAUUCAGGGGCAGAUUGUGGGUGCCUAUCACAAACAAGCUUUAAAAACCUGUCACUUGAUCCAGAAUGGGACCACAGUCAACGAUACUGUUCCACUAGUAUACAGCCUCAAUAACACGAAAUGGGCUUAUAUGCUGGCAGCAUUGGUUAUCGCUGGCCUAUACUUUCUCUGUUCAUUGAUUCUGCUACUUGGAGUAAAGGAACGUGCAGGUUGUUACACUCCCAAAGAACAUUUACGUCUGUCAUAUAAGACAGGUUUGAAGCUCGUAAUGAGUCACAGACCGUACCUGAACCUAACCUUUGGCUUUCUGUGUGUCUCAUUAGCUUUUCAGCUUGUCCAGAAUAAUUUUGCUUUGUUUUGCACCCAUGCUGCUGGUCUGGGCAGUCACUUUCAGCACAUCAUCUUCAUAAUUUUGGUCUCUGCAACAAUUACAGUUCCGUUCUGGCAAUGGGUCUUGGUAAAAGUAGGAAAGAAAAUUGCGCUCUUUGCAGGACUGAUCUGGUAUAUUCCACCAUUGAUCACUAUCGUUACAGUUAAUGGUAACCUGCCAGUAGUCAUCGUCAUGGCCGUCGCCACUGGUAUCAGUCUUGCUGUUGCUUUCUUGUUACCAUGGUCAAUGCUGCCAGAUGUGGUGGAUGAUUUUCGAGCAAAGAACCCUCAUUGCAUAGAUGUGGAACCACUGUUCUACUCCUUCUAUGUGUUCUUCACUAAAUUUGCUGCGGGGGCUUCCCUUGGACUUUCUACUUUGUGUUUGCACUUUUCAGGUUACAAACCAGGUACCUGUGAGCACGUUCCAGCUGUGGCAACGACACUGAAGGUGUUGAUGGCACCGGUCCCAAUAAUGCUGGUGAUCAUUGGUUUAAUAAUAUUCUAUUUUUAUCCAAUAAACGAAGCUCGGAGAAGGGAAUUAAAAGUGGAGCUUGAAGGAGUCGUAAAAUACUGGGAGAUCGAACUUGAAGAGAAUACACUUUGAAGCAAAAUGAACACCCUUCAUAAGAUCUGGGACUUGUGCGGAUUCUGGCUUCAGAUCUGUUGAGAUGCAGUAUUCUUGGAAUACAGAUAUAAGGAUGACUGGUCACCAAAGUGUGCUUCCUUGAGUAAAUAACCACACCUAGCUCGUCAUUGAGUUGUCACAGCGAGACAUGGAGACUGAAGUGGACCACAACAAACCAAGCCUUGCCUCAUGACCCAUUAUGGCCAAAACAACCUCAAACUCAAAAUAAAAGGAAUUUGUUUUUAGUUUUUUUUAAAUUAAAAAAACGUUUAUUAGUUUGUAUCAAACCAUGCACUACCUCAGUCUUCUCGUACAGGAGUAGUUUAUUAAGGGACCCCAGUGCUUUGGAUGAGAUGCAGGAGUUGAGGACAUUCCUUUGUCACUUUUUUUUAGCUUCAGUGUGCCACAUUUGACAUUAUUGCGAAGGAACCAAGUAUGAAAUGUAUUGUCAUAAAGGCGGGUUACAUUUUCAAUGUCUCAUUUAUAAAAGAUGGAUAAACUGAGGCAUGUGCAAUAAAUGAAUUGAACUGUAGAAGCCAACUGCAAAAGAAAAAUCCCUAAAAUGAUGUGAAUUUUGCCUUGUAAUCUAAGGGAGAGAGGCCUUCAUCAUUGCUUUAGUGUUUAUCCAGUCAAAUAUGUGUACAAGUAUAGGAACAUAGUUUAUUAAGUUUUGCAGCAAGCAUUAAUAUAGAUUCAUUAAAAUAAUUUAGUCCAAUGCACACUGCUCCAAGCAUCACUUAGUUUUGGUCAGAAUAGUUUGAAAACUAUCUGGGAGAGCAAUCACUGUGUCCAUGCUGUGAAAAGAUCAGAAUUUCAAACCCUCUUUAGUGAUCUAGUUUUUACUGUAAGCCAUUACCUGGUACAUGAAGGUUAAUUGUUAAUUUUUUAAGCAUUAAGUUAAAUACCUCACUAUAUGAAAGAUGGCACUAUAUUUUUACAGAAUACUAGAUAAAUGCGCUGCAUGAAUGUGAACAAGUAUGAAAAUGUUAUAUUAAAAUAAAUAAAUGACUAAUAGGAACAAGACGGAUAUAUGUAAUUGGAUGUUUAUUUUUGGUGACGUUAUGGAGUGUUUAGCAUUUCCUGAAAAUGAUUUAAGCUCUUGAUUUGAAGGAUGAGCAUUCUGUUUUUGUUCUGCAGUCCAGUUGAUGGUGAAUCUGAGACUAUUCUGCUGUUAUUGAACUGAUCUUAAGAGGACUGAUGUAAUUCGUGCUGUCAGCGGUUUCUUGGAACAGAACCAAAAUAUAACCACUUCCUACCAAGACCCAUUACUAAUUUUAAAUACAAAGUGAAUUAAACUGCAUUCUGUACCAAUAUACUAGAUGACUUAAGAGGCUCAGUAAUUUUUUCAGUGCUUCCCCUAUGGUCUCAUUCAUCCUCUAACUUUAAGUAUCAGGUGUAAACAGUGUAUUGCGAAUGAGAUCAAAACAAAUCCAACACAAACGGCAUACAGAUGAUUAUCUGUUACAGAUGUCAAUAAAUAAUCCUAAUACAAUCGCCCAACCUCUGGAUACAAACAGGGAGACAUUUGACAUUUCCAUAAAGAAAAUUAAAAAAUGUAAAUGAUGUGUAAAAAGCAUUGUGACUUUAUGCUGGAAUGAGACGAUUGGCAGCUUCCAGUAAACAGUGUAAAUUAAAUGACAGUGGAAGACCUUUGUGUAUAGAAAUUAAAAACCUCUUUAAUAGUAACAUACCUUUCAAACAAAUGACGAUCACAGUGGACCAUGAUUUCUGUCUCCCCUCACCGACCCCUCCCCCCAGUAGUCUUCUGCUGCUGUUGCCAUCUAUUUUAAGGUUCGACAUGAUGUGCAUUCAGGCAUGUUCUUCUGCAAACCACUGUUGCAACAUGUAGUUAUUUGAGUUACUGUCGCCUUCCUGUCAGCUGUAACCAGACUGCCAAUUCUUCUCUAACCUCUUUCAUCAGCAGGGUGUUUUUGCCCACAGAACUGCGACACACAUGUUUUAUUUGUUUUUCCACACCAUUCUCUGUAAACUCGAGAAACUGUAUACGACAGAGUUCAGCUUCUCAGCUCGAACCACUCUCUCUCACGACAACAAUCAUUCCGUGGUUAAAGACACUUUGAUCAUAUUUCUUCUCCAUUCUGAUGUUUGAACAACUGAACCUCUUGCUUAUAUCUGCAUGCUUUUAUGCAUUGAAUUGUUGAUUAGAUAUUUGCAUUAAUAAGUAGGUGUACAGGUGCAUCUGUAAAGUGGCUACAGAGUGUAUGUUAGCAUUGAAUAUUUUUAGAAAGUAAUUUAUUGUAAAAUAUUUUCAAAACUUAAUUUGUAAAAUCUGUUGUAAUUUAUAUCCUUUGUAUUAUCUGAUUACAUGAUAUGAGUUUACUUUGCUGUUUGCAAGAUUAUAUAUUAAAUUUAUAAUAUGUUUCUUUUCCAUCUUUUUGACCAGUUUUAGUUAUAACUUUGGUGUUCCCAGUGAAUAGCAUUGGCCUAACUUAACUUUGGAUUUACUGUGUUUUAUUAAUAAUAUACUAGACAAGUAUUUGUUACAGGCAGUCUCAAUGGGUUUAUACAAUAAAUUUAACCUACACAGAUACUGUGUUCUCAGAUAUUCAAAGUGCAAAACUGGCUCCCCAUUAAACUCAGGCCAUAAUGAACAUCAGCCUUAAAACCUGGACUUCGCUGUCUUCAUCUAAUCACCGAUCUUUCCACAAGAUAAACAUCACUGUCUUUUCUGAUGGCUGUUAAUCUGUCUCGUUCUCAGGCUUAUCCACAGUUUCCAAAGUUACUGCAAUUGUCACAUUUCUUAAAGAUCCAAUUGGUAUAUUAUUGUCACAUGUGCUGAGGCACAGUGAAAAACUUGCUGCAUAUGGUCCCAUACUGUCCAAAAAGAUUAAUUAAUUACAAGCAGAACAUUGAGAUAGUCCAAGGUAAAACAAUAAGAGUGCAGAAUAAAAUGUUACGACAGUGUGAAAGUGCAGUGUGGGUAGGCAGUGUAAAGAUGCAAGGUUGCAAUGAGGUCAAGAGUCCAUCUUAUCAUUCCAGAGAGCCAUUCAGUAGCCUUAUUACAGUGAGCUAGAAUGUCCUUCUGCCUGGUGGUACAUGUUUCAGGAUUUUGCAACUUUGAUUCUCUUCAACUAAGUCUCCAUUUCCCACCUUCCUCAGCAAUUCUUAAUGAACCCAUGCAUAGCUCCGCCACAGCUCUUUUGAAGUCUCCUAAAUCAGAAUUGUUCUUCAAUGAACAUUUGGUUGGUUCAUGAUGAGUGAAACCUUUUCAACAUUUUAAACAUAAUGGUUUGUUGACUGAGCAAGCCAUUUCAAUGGUUCAAUGCCUUAUGAGGAAAAAUUAGUGGCCUUGCAAAACAUCACUAGUGAGAUGGGUUUUAUUCUCCAUGUAAAACUUCUGGUUUAUCAUCAGGGAUACUUGGAUCCAAUAAUAGUUAAUUGGAAGAGAAAGCUAUCUUAUAAUGUAUGUUUAUUAAAUUCUUGCAGCAUGAAAUUCGUCUCAUGGAUAUUGUAUUCCUGAUGGUCCUAGCUUUGAGUAACAGUAUUCAGGCAUGUGGUUGAUCAUAUUUAUUUCAGUAUAUUAGAUGGAUUUACAUAUUAUUGUAGUUAACCAGUCCAGUUUAUUUCACUUUUUUUAAUUUGGGUUUCCAAAUUUUCAUCAGGCACCCUAUGGCGUUAGGCAAUUUGGCCCAUCAGCCAUUCCAUCAUGGCUGAUUUAUUAUACCUCUCAACCCCAUUCUCCUGCUUUCUUCCUGUAACCUUUGACGCCCUUAUUAAUCAGUGGCAGUGAAUUAUCUGUGGCAAUGAAUUCCACAGAUUCACCACCCUCUGGCUUAAUAAAUACCUCCUCAUCUCUGUUCUAAAGGGACUUCCUUCUAUUCUGAGGGUUUGUGCUUGGGUCUGAAGUUCGUGCACCAUAGGGAAUAUCCUCUCCACAUCCUCUCUGUCUCAUCUUCAAUAUUUGAUAGACAUUAUUAAUCAUGUAAG